CCUUUGCCAUCGCGCCGGCAUGGUCAGCUAGCACACAUUUGCGUAGUACGGGCGAAAUACAUUGUAGCAACAAGUACGACUGCGCACGAGAGCGCACGACGGGAGCGGGAAGGACUUCUCUGCUUCCUCCGGCUCCGGCUCGAUCGCCAGACCACUGCACGCGGACUAGGGUGUUAGUGCUACUUGCCCGUCAACCCCGGCGGCCGCCGCCUUUCGAUUCGACCAAACACAGUGCGCGUCCCGCGGGGUCGCCAUGGUCGCAAAAAUAUGCGCGCUCCGGCACGGGAAUGCCUUUGGAGUGAGCAUCAGUCAGUCCAAAGCCGCAACUCGACCCGAACGGACUCGCGCUCGCAUCGAUCCCGCACAAAUCGGUUUUGGUCCUUCGUCCUCACCCUUUCAGCUGACCCGCCCAACACCUCCUCCCUCCCAGGAGCUGUGCCAGUGAGUGUGUGUGUGUGUGUGGGUGUGCUUGUGUGCGUGUGACUUUGUGUGUGUUGGGUACAGGAAGAUACAGAUUUUCGAUCCAUCGUGCUCAAUUAUCAAUUCCCUCCUUCGACAUACCAACCGUGCGAUCGUACGGGAACAGAAUCAUUUAUCGAAAUUCCUUUUUGACCGCCCUUUCGUCAUCCGUCGUACGCUUUUGGCACUCGGUUGAGGUCGCGAAUUUUUCAUCCGCCACUCCCGUAAGGAAAUCUCGUCCACGUGCUGUGUGCAAGGAGCGACGACUUGGGACGAACAGACAACAUCACCACAACGCUAAUCACACGCGGUCGUACGGCUUCUCAGUUCCCGGGUAAGGAUGCUGUUGCGUAAGUGUGCCUCGACCGCAUUUGGCGGAUGUUUGCGCCAACAGUUGCAGCGUGGCUCAUCGGCCGAUGGUGUGCUGCUUCCGCUGGCGGCAGUACAGCAACAGCUCAGCACUGCACCACCGCAACGCCGAUGGUUUGCGAACGGUGGAGUACGCAAAACGCAUCCCAAAAUUCUCAUCACAGGCGGACUCGGUCAACUUGGUGUGGAAUGCGCGAAGCUUUUGCGGGGCCAGUACGGCGAGGAAAGCGUCAUCCUGUCCGACAUCAUCAAACCGAGCAAUGAAAUCGUCAACAGUGGCCCGUACAUCUUCGCCGACAUUCUCGACUUCAAGGGCCUGCAGAAGAUCGUUGUCGAUCAUCGUGUCGACUGGAUCAUUCACUUUUCCGCACUGCUCAGUGCGAUCGGCGAGCAAAACGUACCGCUGGCCGUACGCGUCAACAUCGAGGGCAUGCACAAUGUGCUCGAGCUGGCCAAACAGUACAAGCUGCGGAUCUUCGUGCCGAGUACGAUCGGUGCAUUCGGCCCGGAUAGCCCCCGGAACCCUACGCCGAACGUGACGAUCCAGCGACCGCGCACGAUCUACGGUGUGUCGAAGGUGCAUGCGGAACUGAUGGGCGAGUACUACCACCACAAGUUCGGGCUGGACUUCCGCUGCCUUCGGUUUCCGGGUGUGAUUUCUAGCGAUCCACCCGGCGGUGGUACUACCGACUACGCCGUGGCUAUCUUCUUCGAGGGGCUAAAGACGGGCAAGUACCAGUGCUACCUCAAACCGGACACGCGUCUGCCCAUGAUGUACAUCGAGGACUGUCUUCGAUCGUUGCUCGAGUUCAUGACCGCGCCGGAGGAGAAGCUGCAGCGCCGAGUGUACAACGUCACUGCCAUGUCCUUCACGCCAGAGGAGCUCGUGGAGAAGCUGUCCAAGUAUAUUCCCGAGCUGCACGUGAGCUAUCGGCCAGAUAGCCGGCAGGCCAUCGCCGACUCGUGGCCACAAAUCUUUGAUGACUCCGAGGCGCGCCGAGACUGGGGCUGGCAGCACCACUACGACGUGGACAAGCUGGUUGAUCUGAUGGUGCGCGAUGUCACCGAAAACUACAUCAAAAAGGCGUCAAACUAAGGCGGCCAUUUCGCUUUCAUGACAACAUUCUGGCCAACGAGCGCUGCAAUAAACUGUGUAUACCUACAAGAAGCAAA